AUGUUACUUCAAGAUCGCUUGAGUGGUCAGUGUCUUCCUCAGCUCUAUGAAGUUCCGCCCACUGCUUUCGCUUCGGGAGUCGGUAUAAGGGCUGCCGCGACGCUACGGCAGUCACUCGUGCUACGAAUCGCCUCCCGGACAGUCGGGGUGGCGUCCCUACCUCACGGAAACAUUACGAGCGCGCGCGCUAACAGCGGGUGGAGUUUCAGCAAUAUGCCGCGCGCCGGCGCUUUCUUGCUGGCGCUAGCGGCUGCUUUGCUUGCAUUGCAGUCAGCUAAUGCUACCUACAUUGAUCCUGGCGAUGAUGACGUUGAGCUGAACGUGUCUGAGUACGACGAUGACCCCAAUGGAUGGCAAACCCUGCAGGAUGUUGGCAAACGAUCGUCGCUGAUCUACGUUUUCAGGCGCGCCUGUAUCCGCCGCGGCGGCAACUGUGACCACCGUCCGGGCGACUGCUGCCAUUCGUCCUCCUGCAGGUGCAACCUCUGGGGCUCCAACUGCCGUUGCCAGCGGAUGGGGCUCUUCCAAAAGUGGGGC